AAAAAAAAAACACUUUAUUCACAAGUCAUAAUACAAAGAAGAGAGAGAAUAUGGCGACUUCAGGAACAUAUGUGACGGAGGUUCCGUUGAAAGGAUCAGCAGAGAAACACUACAAGAGGUGGAAAAGUGAGAACCACCUCUUUCCAGACGCCAUAGGUCAUCACAUCCAAGGUGUCACAGUACACGAAGGCGAUUGGGACUCUCAUGGAUCCAUCAAGAUUUGGAACUACACAUUUGAUGGGAAACCGGAGGUGUUUAAGGAGAGGAGAGAGAUAGACGAUGAGAAUAAUGCGGUCACGGUCAGAGGUCUUGAAGGCCACGUGAUGGAGACUCUUAAGGUAUAUGACACCACCAUUCAGUUCAUUCAAAAAUCGCCUGAUGAUAUCGUUUGCAAGAUCACUAUGAUCUGGGAGAAGCGAACCGACGACUCACCUGAGCCCAGUAACUACAUGAAGUUCGUCAAGAGCAUGGUGGCUGAUAUGGACAACCACGUCCUCAAAGCUUAAGUAAAUCCCUUGUAUCUUUGGAACCAUCUCAUCAUCGGCUCACUCUGUGUGUUGUGUGUAUUUCGUAUCUUGAAAUCAAUAUAAUAAUGGGGGCUCUUGUAUGGUUUCGUUAAUUAUUAUUACAGCUUCGGUUUGUAAUAUGGUUUCAUGUUUUAAUUAUGGUGAGUAAUUAACUGCGAGGUUUCAUGUGUUAUGUGUAUGCCCAUCUACACAUGUCUCCUUGUAGAAAAUGCUAUAGUGUACAGUUUGUGUAAUAUAUAUAUAUGUUAUUAGUC